AAUGUCACUAUUUUCAUAAUAAAAUCUUUGAAAAUGGUUUCCUGGAGUGCUUUGGGCCGAUCUUUCGGCACUAACCUUUUUAAAAAUAAUUUAAAAUCAACAAACUUAAUCCAAAAUGUGAAUUUCUCACUAGCAAAAACCUUAAAUGGGGAUCAUGGACAUAAAAGUAUGGUAUUGCAGCCAUCAAGGUGGCAAUGGCACAAAUUCAAGGAUAUGUUUCACUACUACCUAAUGGUAGGUUUGAUCCCGGUAGGAGCAAUCGUCUUUUAUACCAAUGUGUUCAUCGGUCCCGCUGAGUUGACCCCUAUCCCGGAGGACUAUGUGCCCAAACAUUGGGAGUAUCAUCGUCAUCCCAUAACAAGAUUUAUUGCGCGCUACAUCCAUAACAAUCCUCAGCAGGACUAUGAAAAAUUCAUGCAUUAUAUUGAUGAGGAGGCCCAGAAGGUAAAACUUAGGGCUCUAGAAAAAAUGGUGACUCAGAAAAUGGCCGAGAGGAACGAUUAUCAAGCAUACUACUACCGGCCCAUGGUUAACAAAUACCUCCGUGUGAAUAAACAAGUCGGCGAUGAAAUUUAUGACCGCAUCGGUGACAAUCAUGAUGAAUAAUCGCCUCAAACGAUUUUAUUUUAUUUAGAAGUUGUAUAGUAAUGCCAUAGAUAAGUUAAAAAUUUGGAUUUUUCGUUUGCGAUCAAUUUUUAUUGUGAUUAAAUUUCAUUUAAUUGUUGCAAUAAAUGAUGUGAAAUGA